AUGAAUUUUUGUCUUUUUUCUUUCUUUCUUUCUUUCAAGCAUCGUUUGUACUUUCUUAAUUUAAUUCAUUCAUUUUCUUUUCCUUUCUUUCAUUCAGUACCAAUUCAAGUAUUUUUUUUCUGCUUGGUAAUCGUUCGUUCGUUCAUUCAUUUUUUUGUUUUCCUUUUCUUUCUUUCUUUCUUUCUUUCUUUCUUUCUUUCUAACCUUCCUUUCCUUAUUCAUAUAUUUCUUUAUUUUUAUCAUCCUGGCUAUCCUUCCUUAGUUCAUUCAUAUUUUGUUCUUUCUUUCAUUCCUUCUUUCUUUCUUUCUUUCUUGCUUGCCUACUUGUUUUCUUUCUUUGGAACACCCCCCAACUUAACCAUUAUUUUAUCUUAUAUUAAUGUUCUUUCUUUCCUUCUUUCUUUAUCCAUUUAUUUAUUUCCUUUUAUCUUUUCUUCUUUUUCGUUGGUUCGUUCUUUAGUUUUUUAUUCCAUCUUUAUUUUUCUUUCUUAUCGUUUAACUUUUUUCGUUAUUUAUUUAUUUUAUUCUUUCUUUCUCUUAUUUUUUUCCAGUGAAUUUUUUCAUCAUAUGUUUCCCUUCUUCUAUUAA